UUCAUUCAGGUUCAUCCAUUUGUCUCUGUGCAUCUUUUUUUUUAUCAAUUUAAAAGUUACACCUUUUCACUUUUUUGUUUUGUUUCUUAUUUUAAUUUGUUUGUUUGUUUUCUCACUUUAGGUUUUACAGCUUAUGAAGAUUUUGUUUGUAUCAUCUUUCUCCUUUUCUCUCUUUCUCUCUAUCGGUGUGUCUGUUUCUGUCUUUCUCUCUGUGUUUGUCUCUCUCUCUACUCUCUCUCUCUCUCUAUAUCUGUAAUUGUGUCUGUUUUCUAGUUUUUAUUUUUUAUUAAUCAAUUGAAUAUAUUUAAAGUUUAAAAUAGGAAGAGAAUAAUGUAUAAUCAACUUGGUUCAGGCUCUGGUCCACAUCAAGGGCAUCAUGGUAAUCAACCUGGUCCACCACCAACAUUAACUGCUCCUGGUCCAACUGCACCUUAUAUGGAUAUAUUUGGUUACAAUAAUUUUGGACCUUUUUUUCCCAGUGCAACUCAACCUGCCAAUCUUACUGGUAAUGAUCAUUUUUGGUCUAAACAAGCUAUCGGACAACCUUUACGAGCUUAUCGAUCAGCUCAUGAUGAUGCCUAUUAUUCUAGGGGUGAUACCUGUGGUGCUUCUUUUAAUGCUGGUGUUCUUAAUCACGUCGAAACUGGUAUGGGUGCAUUAACCCUUGAUUAUAUAAAGACUGAUUUAACUGGUCAAACAGUUGGCUCACAAUCUUUUCAAUCAAAUAAACCUGCAAUGCCUUCAGCGGGUAUACCACAAGUGACUGUACAAAAAGCUUUACCUGGUACAGAAAAUUCAUUUGAUGUUUUUAAACGAAUGGAUUCAAUUAACUUAACUUCUAAUAGUAAUGUUGGUUUAGGUGUUGUUGGUCAGUCUAUUAAAAAACCUUCUUGGGCUUCUGUUGCCUCUCAACCUGCUAAAGGUGGUCAUGGUGGACAUGUAAAUGCAACUAAUCACCACUAUCAUGGUCAUCAUGUUCAACAAAGCCAACAUCAUCAUGGUCAUCAUAGUCAACAGCGUCAUCAUGGUCACCAUGGUACAUCUAAUGUAGGUCUUCAAGGGUCAACUGGUAGUGUUAUUGGAAGUUCAUCUAACAGUAGUUCAAUUGUUGUUGGUCUUCAUGGAUCAACACAUCAUAGUGGUGUUGGUUCAAACAAUAGUAGUUCAAUUGUUGGCCAUCAUCAUGGAUCAAGUCAUAGUGGUGUUGGUUCAAAUAACAAUAAUUCAAUUAUCGGACAUCAAGGAUCAACUCAUCAUAGUGGUGUUGGUGGUUCAAGUAACUGUAGUUCAAUUGUUGGUCAUCAUGGAUCAUCACAUCAUAAUGUUUUAGGUGGUUCUAGCAACAUUAAUUCAAUUGUUGGUGGGCAACAUCAACAUCAACAUCAACAUCAACAACAACAGCAGCAACAACAACAACAACAGCAUCAACAUCAACAUCAACAUCAACAACAGCAGCAACAAGGAUCAACUCAUAGUGGUUUAGGUGAUUCAAUCAACAAUAGUUCAAUUGUUCCAAUAGAAAAUAGUGGGCCAACAUACCCAUCACAUCCUAUUCUUGAUAAAUUACGAGUUGAAAAUAAUUACAAUCCUAAAGAUUUCAAUUUAUCAACUAAAGAUGCCCGAUUUUUCAUCAUUAAAUCUUACAGUGAAGAUGAUAUCCACCGGUCUAUUAAAUAUAGUAUUUGGUGUUCAACUGAACAUGGUAACAAAAGACUUGAUCUUGCAUUUAAAUCUCAAGAAAAUAAAGGUCCAAUCUAUUUAUAUUACUCUGUUAAUGGAAGUGGACAUUUUUGUGGUAUGGCUCAAAUGUUAUCAAUGGUUGAUUACAAUUCAAGCAGUAGUGUGUGGGCACAGGAUAAAUGGAAAGGACAAUUCAAAGUUAAAUGGAUUUAUGUCAAAGAUGUUCCUAACGCUCAAUUAAGGCACAUUAGGCUAGAAAAUAAUGAGAAUAAGCCUGUGACCAAUUCUAGAGACACUCAAGAAGUACCUUUCGCCCAAGGUAAAGCUGUACUCAAGAUCAUGCAUAAUUAUCGUCAUACAACAUCAAUUUUUGAUGAUUUUCUUCAUUAUGAGAAACGCCAAGAAGAAGAGUAUCAAAGGCGAGUUGCUGGUGAUCCAUUGCCAAAUUCUAAUAACAAUAACAAUAAUAAUGGUUCCGGUAGUAGUGGUUCUAACAGUAAACUAAUUCAACCAAAGAAAAUAAUUAAUUCUAAUGUGUUUUAAAAACUAUAAAAAAAAGAGAAGAAAAAAAUCAAUCAAUUUCAACCUGGAAAAGAAAAAAUCUUCAUCUCUCUCUCUCUCACUCUCACUCUCUCUCUAUCCUUUUCUCUCUAAUCUUUCUAUCUCUCUCUCUCUCGGACCGAAGCUCUUACACAUUAACAAAAGUUGUAUUUUUGUUUAUCAACUCCCGAAAUGUGUUGUAAUAUUUCAUCAACCAUCUCAAUCAAUGAAAAUCAAUCUUCUUUUCUUCUUCUUUUUGAUACCCAAAGUUGUUCUUAAGCGCAGAUCAAGAGAGUCAAUUUUGAUGAAUUCAUCUAUUCAUCUAUUCAUCAAUCACCAUUUGAAUUUACCAAUGAUCAACAAAAAGAAGGAGACAAACAUCAACUUUUAAUUGUUCUGCUCCAAAGGAAACGAAAAAAAAAACAAUUUCGACAAUUCGACACGCGAAACUGUUUCCACCGCAAAAAGGACCUGUUGAGAUUUUAAUUAAUCAUCUUAUGAUAAUUUUCUUGUUAUAUUACAAUUGGACUUUUUUAAAGAGAAAGAGAGAUUAAUUUUAUCCUUUUACCUGUUUAUUUUCUCUCUCUCUCUCUCUCCCAUAAUUCAUUUACCUUCAUCUUGACUCAAUAUUUUCACUGGCAUUUACCAGAUUACUUGAUGAUAAAUUGGAACACAAUUUAUUUAGAUUGUAAUGAUUAUGGAAUAGCCAAAAGGCAUUCAAUAUACAUAAAAAAAGAAAUGCAUUCAACAUUCACUCUUUUCAAUUGAAAA